AUUUGGAACGCGUAUCCUGGUCAGCCCACCGGCGGUUAUGCGCCUCCACAUCCGGGAAAUUAUCCAGUGUCCCCUGGCCCUCCAGGGACUUAUCCCUCCCCAGCGCUCCCAGGAAACUAUCCUCCACCGCCAGGUCCUCCGGGAAACUAUCCACUGCCUCCCGGCCCGCCAGGAUACUAUCCGCAGCCUCCGGGUCCUCCAGAUAACUAUCGUCCGCCGCCUGGUCCCGCAGGAGCACCACCGGGUGCUUAUGGCCCUCCCACGUACAACCCCACACCUGGUCAUCCUCAACGAGUCUACGCUAAUAUAGUAACAGGCGGGCCUCCGAUGCCCCCUGCGCAGCAGCAAUACUACGGACCCCCGAUGCAAGGCCCAAAUCAGCAAACACAACAACCAUUCUUCCAAUAUUCGCAGUGCACGGGGAAAAAGAGAGCGCUUUGCAUCGGUAUCAACUACAUCAACCAGUCCGGACAACUGAAUGGCUGCAUCAACGACGCAAACAAUUUAAAGGCAUUCCUCAUGAGCCAUUUUGGUUAUAGGGAAGAGAACAUAAGGCUACUGACAGACGACUCGCGUGACCCUAGCCGGUGGCCAACUAGGCGUAAUAUACUGGAACACAUGCAAUGGCUUGUUCGCGAUGCACAGCCAAAUGACUCGUUCUUCUUCCAUUAUUCUGGUCAUGGCGGCCAGACCAAGGACCUUGACGGGGAUGAGGCAGAUGGAUACGAUGAAGUUAUAUAUCCAGUCGACCAUCAAGCUGCUGGCCACAUCGUAGAUGACCUCAUGCACGACAUCAUGGUUCGGCCUCUACCACCCGGUUGUCGAAUCACCGCCAUUUUUGAUUCCUGUCACUCGGGGUCGGCUCUCGGACCCUUGCCACAUGUUUACAGCACAGAAGGUAAAAUCAAGGAACCAAACAUUGCUGCGGAAGCCGGCAUGGGUGUAAUGUCUGCUGUGACUUCCUACGCACGCGGUGAUAUUGGUGGCGUAUUCCGGUCCGUCACUGGCCUGAUCAAGACUGCAUCGGGGAGCUCUCAGAAAGCCGAGCAGUAUGCGAGGGCGACCAAGACAAGCCCGGCCGAUUGCAUCUCAUUCAGCGGAUGCAAGGACUCUCAGACCAGUGCGGACACGCAGGUGGCGAACAGAGCCACAGGUGCUAUGAGCUUUGCCUUUGUCCAGGCGCUCAAGAGAAACCCGCGGCAGAGUUAUCAACAGUUACUCGUAUCCAUCAGAGAUAUCCUUCGCAACGGUAGGUAUGGACAAAAACCGCAGCUAUCCUGCUCUCAUCCUAUGGAUACUAACAUUAUGUUCAUCGCUUGACCUACCAUGCUUCUCCGUAUGCAAUAACAAAGCUCGAUAUGUAAAAUACGUGUCGUCGAAUGUGAUGUGUCGUUUCCUAGCCUGUAUUGAUAUAAAGAUAGGAUAAAGAAAAUAAAGUAUCACCCGGGUUUGAAAGGAGGCCCAACGUCAACACUCUACACUGACGAUGCGUGCUCUUCCAUC